GUCAGGCACCUGUACAUCUGCGACUUCCACAAAAAUUUCAUCCAGAGUGUCAGAAAUAAAAGGAAGAGGAAGACGAGUGAUGAUGGUGGAGAUUCCCCUGAGCAUGAUGCUGACAUUCCUGAGGUUGAUCUGUUCCAGCUGCAGGUGAACACUCUCCGACGCUACAAACGGCACUACAAGCUGCAGACCAGACCAGGCUUCAACAAGGCCCAGCUAGCAGAAACUGUGAGCCGACACUUCAGGAACAUACCAGUGAAUGAGAAAGAGACGCUUGCCUACUUCAUCUACAUGGUGAAGAGUAACAGGAGCAGACUGGACCAGAAAUCGGAGGGCAGCAAGCAGCUGGAGUGAGGCACCAGAGGCCUGGUGAGGCGGAGGCCUUGGGGAGAGGACAGCAGUGCGAUGCUUAAUGACAGGUGGUGUCUGCACAUCUCAGCCCAUAAGGACUGUUCACAUCUACUGUAAAUAAAGUUUGAAUGAUGGAUACUGUAA